AUGGAAAGGCCAGAUAGUCCCCCGCGAGCUUUGAAUCCUAGAUCUCAAGUCAUAUCACCACCAACACCGGAAGUUAAAAGAAAAAUAGAAGAAAGUCGACUGAAGGCUAAAGCUCUCCGCGAACAAUCAAGAGCUCGUGAGCUUGCCUCUUCUUCGAACGAUACCAAUCGCACUCCUUCCGGUUUUAUCGCCACCCCUGACAUAACCGUCGCUGGCCAAAAGCGCACACACUCCUCCAUCUCAACCUCGUCCAUUCCCGCCACUUCCCGUGAUGCGCGACAAUCUACAAAAGAUGCGCGGUCAGAUGACACUUUGCCGCAGGCUGCGCGAAAGUUUCGGAAAUAUAUUGAUCAUGAUUUCAGUAAGAUGACGGAUACUAAGGGUGGAUUCUUAACGGCGGAGGACGAUCCGUGGAAUAAGGCAUUACAUGCGUCAAAAGAGGGGGAUAAACCUGCGCAUAUGACGUUGAAGGAGUGGGAGAGACAUCAGGUACUGAAGGGGAUGAGGAAUAGGAAAGAGGGGCCUUUUGAGCCGGGGUUAAGUGUGUUAGGAAGAGGCGAUAUGAAGUGUAGGGAGUGUAGGAGUUUAGAGAUUGAUUUUGUGUGGGAUGAGGUUUUUAAGUGUAGGGUUUGCAAUGGGUGUAAGGAGAAAUUUCCGGAGAAGUAUAGUUUGUUGACGAAGACGGAGGCGAAAGAAGAUUACCUGAUUACGGAUCCGGAGUUGAAGGAUGGGGAUCUCAUACCACAUCUCAAUAAGCCUAAUCCGCAUAAAUCGCAUUGGCAUGACAUGAUGUUGUUCUUGCGCUAUCAAGUGGAAGAAUAUGCGUUCAAGACGAAAUGGGGAAGCGCAGAAGCAUUGGAUGCAGAGUUUCAAAAGAGAGAAACGGAAAAGAAGAAGAGAAAAGAGGACAAGUUUAAUAGUAAACUAAAAGAGUUAAAAAAGAAGACGAGAGCCGAGGCGUAUCGAAGGGGUGUAGCGGGUGUUGGGAGAGGGGGCAAGUUUGGUGAUACAAUUGGUAAUGGGAAACAUGAACAUGAAUGGGGUCAGACGGUAGAGAAUGAGGAUGGAAUGAGUGUGAAGAGUUGUAUAGAGUGUGGGAUGGAGGUUGAGGAGUUGGAAUUCUAG